AUGGUGCUACGAAACAAAUUUCUGAUAAUUAGCGAAAAUAUAUGCUUUUUGGAACUAACUUUUGAUAUAUUACAGGUGCUGCGAGAAAUGUUGUGUUUUAUGUACACGGGAAACUCUCCUAGUGUCGAUCAGAUGGCUCAACAUCUUAUUGCUGCAGCUGAUAAGUAUCAUCUAGACCGUCUCAAGGUAAUGUGUGAACAAGCGUUGUGUGCAGCGUUGACGGCUGAAAAUGCAUGUGUUACCUUGGUACUGGCCGAUCUCUAUUCAGCUGAACAACUUCGAACACAUGCGAUCAAUUAUAUCAAUGUG